AUGUAUAUUUUUGAUUAUUAUGGAAUAUUAAAUGUUCAAUGCGAUUAUGAGCAGGAGAAUAUCCUUUCCAUUGAGGAAUUUUCAACGUCGGGAAGUGGGAGAAUGUCUGCGUUGAGAAACAUCAGGUUCAAUGAGGAAGAAGAUGGUGAACUGCCCUGCCUCGUAACAGGCGAAGAAAAUAAUCUAGAAGAAAUUUUGGAAAAUGUUUCGUAUGAUGGCGGAAAUAUUGUUAGUGAUGCCAAAGUAGAGAGAGUAAACAAGCAAGUGGAGAAUAUUUCUGCAGGCGCAACAGAUUUACGCGAGAAGAAACGUAUUCCUGUGAGCAUUAUUACCGGCUAUCUAGGAUCAGGUAAAUCGACGUUACUGGAAAAAAUUGCAUUAAAAGGUGCGGAUAAAAAAAUUGCUGUAAUUUUAAAUGAAUUCGGAGAUUCUAGUGAAAUCGAAAAAGCUAUGACUAUCAAAAAUGGUUCGAGCAGCUACCAAGAAUGGCUGGAUUUGGGGAACGGGUGUUUGUGCUGUUCAUUGAAAAAUAUAGGUGUUAAAGCCAUCGAAGAUAUGGUGGAACGUUCACCUGGCAAGAUCGAUUAUAUUCUUUUAGAGACCUCUGGUAUUGCAGAUCCUGCUCCUAUUGCGAAAAUGUUCUGGCAGGAUGAAGGAUUGAAUAGUAGCGUUUACAUUGAUGGGAUCAUCACGGUUUUGGAUUGUGAACACAUACUAAAAUGCCUAGAUGACAUUUCUGUUGAUGCCCACUGGCAUGGUGACAAAGUUGGUUUGGAGGGAAAUCUGACCAUUGCGCACUUCCAAUUAGCCAUGGCUGAUCGAAUCAUAAUGAACAAGUACGAUACUAUCGAGCAUUCGCCCGAAAUGGUCAAUCAUUUAAAAGAAAGAGUCCGGGAAGUAAAUUCCAUUGCACCGAUGUUCUUCACCAAGUAUAGCGAUAUUCCGAUCGAUAAUUUGCUAGAUAUUCAUGCAUACGACAGUAUACGAAUAUCCGACAUCUUGGAUAAUAACACCGGAAAUGGGACAAUCCAUGAUCAUCGGAUGGGCACAAUAAUGCUUACUUUCAGAUCAUUAAAAAACGAAGAAGAAUAUAACGAGAAAUUUAUUAAGAAAUUCUUGCAGCCUUUAUUGUGGAAGAAUUUUGGGGCCAUGACAGUGCUGGGAGAGCGUUCCCAAGAUGAUGGGCAUGAUUGGGAGGUGCAAAGAACGAAAGGUCUGAUACUUAUUGAAGGUGAAAAUCCUAUUGCCCGUGUAAUCCAGGGUGUCCGCGAUACAUACGAUGUCUUUCCAGGCGAAUAUGACGGAUCCAAUAAGGAGUGUAAAAUUGUGUUAAUUGGGAAGUACCUAGAAAAGGAUUCCAUAGAGGAACUAUUACACAAUACAUUGGAAUAA